AUGGAGGCCGGGCAGGGUCCCGGCGGCGGGGAGCUCGGCGAUUCGCCCGAGAGAGAAGUACCUAAGCCUUAUGUACCAACAGAAGAGGAAAGAAGACUCCUCAAGGAAUGUGCUGAUGAGAGUGCCCGAUACAGAGCUUUUCCUUUGGCUGCAGUGAGCAUGCUUGGUACUAGCUUCUUAAUUAAGAAAGGUGUUCUAAGAGACAGUUCAAGAUUUGGCUCUUUCACAAAAGUUGCAUUCGCUGGAAUGUGUGGAUACCUGGCUGGGAAGAUAUCCUACUUGCCAAUCUGUAGUGAGAAAUUUAAGAAACUGAAGGAUUCCCCCAUAGGAGAUGUUCUUCGACAAGCUCAGAGACAUAGUUCCCAUAACCGUUCCAGUCGGAAAUCUGAAUUUUCAGAUCUGCCUUCUCAGUCAUUUCCUGAAGCUUCUUCUCCAAGAGCUGGCUUCCCCCUUUCUCCUAGCUAUUCAGAUGAUUAUAGUUCAACAGAUAGAGGCCUCUCAAGCUAUGAACCUGUUCCGUUCAGCGCUUCCCUGAAUGAAUCUUCACCUACAGGCAUCACUGAUUACACUGCUCAAGAUCCUGCUCCAGUUCCAGAAGAAGGUCGUAAAAAGAAAGGCGUCACCUAUGAGGAAUUAAGGAAUAAACACAGAGAGGUUUAUGAUGUAAUGCAGCCACCAAAGGCAGAAGCUCCAAGCAAGUUUACACAGGAGAAAAAAGCUAAAGAAGUUAAAGUAAAUAAGUAUGGAGAUACCUGGGAUGAGUGACAGCUGAAGGAAGAAUCGAAGAAAAUGAUCUCCUGUUCGCCAACUUGAACUUCAUCUACGUUAGUCACAAGUGUCAGCACCUUUGGUGUGUUCUGCCAGGCACAGCUCUUAAUCAAGGAGGAGAAAAUCCUGACUUGCCAGAAGAUUAAAAAUUAAAAUAAAAAAUAAAGCAUUUAAGCUUAAAUUUUUUCAGUUUUGCAUAAAUACAGCAGGAGAAGCUAUCGUGAGGUGUCAUGGCUGCAAACCAUUUGUGCUGUUGUUUAAGAAUGAAAAGGGUAACUGGCAAUAGCUGAUAGAAAUGUAGAGCAAAAGGUACCAACUCUCUGUAAAUAAUGCAAUCACAUGUAUUGGGAAGGAGAAAAGAGCAGAAUCUUAUCAAAUUGUCAAGACUUGCAUUAAAAGUUAC